AUGAUCCAAGAUGCUCAUGCCAAGACGGACGAGACGCGCUACCAGGCUGAGGAGGUGACUCGGCUUUUGAGCGUGGCACGCGACAUCAGCGGCGAGACACUGGUGGGCGCCGCGGCCAAACACGGUGAGGCCUCCGCGGUGCAACUGCUUUUGAGCCAUCGAGCAGAUCCCACGGCGGCUGAUAGUCGAGGGCGCAUGGCACUUCAUCGGGCAGCUGAAGGUGGAGAUUUGUUGAGCACCCUGUUGGUUUUGGAUCGCUUGCAAUUGGCCAAUCGCUAUGUGAACGUGACAGACUUCGUGGACAACGCUGGGGAGUCUCCUGGAACCUUAGCAGCCCAAAGCGGCUGCGAAGAAGUUUGUGGAGCUCUGGAAGUCUUCGGAGACUUGCAGCUCAAUGCUGAACAGCAAUACUUUGGUCAGCUCAGUGGAGGAACCUUUGGUGGUCUUCUGGCUUUAGUGGACUUUACGGAGGUGUCUUCCAAAGAGAGGAGCCGUGCAAAGAAAGUCCUCCAAGAGGUCACCACAGGGGGUGCCUUGGUGGAACACAUUUGGCCGCCUGCACUGGAGUGUGAAUCUGCACUUGGCCAGGCACUAGGUGAAGCAUUUGAUGGACUGCAUCGAGCAGAAGAUCUUUUGAUGAACACCUUGUGGAUGCCAACCAGGUACACCGUGGAAGCGCCUUGGAAGGGCUUCGCCAAGACUUUGGACUUACGAGCCCGCUGGCAGAGGCUAAGAUUGGAAGCAAUGCUCCAAUGCGGCGAGAGCGAGCUGGAGGAGUUUUGGCAGACUCACAUCAAUGCAAGAAGAAUGGCACAGCUCACAAAAACGCCAGGGAGCUUGCGACAACUCUAUCUAGGAGUGCUUUGGCUUUACACAAGGGAAUCAUGGCUACCCCACAUCAUUGAUGCCAUUGCCGACGUGUUGCGUCACUUGGAAGAAGAGGACGCAGACCCCUGCUCGGUGCCUUUUCCAUUUCAGGAGCUGAUCAAGUCACUCUCCCCGAUGGCGCAGCUGGUGCAAGCAGCAACCUGCUUCUUUCGCCGAACUGGAGUCAAACACGAGGGAGUGACGUUUCGGCCCUUGGCCCUCCCAGCAUCAGGCUUGCAGCAGCUGAUUGAUAUGUAUUUGGCAAGGAAGGAUGAGUAUGAAAGAGCGGCUGUCAGGGCCAAAGAGAAACAGGAUGGUGAAAGUCCUUUAGCCCUUGAUGCCGGGAUGUGGUUUGUUCUCAGUCAUUUGUCUUUUCCCACCGCGUAUGCCUCCAGAUGGGAUGCAGGUAAGCGUUUGGUGCAGACGAAUUCCAACGUGUUAGUGGCCAUUCAGACGGAUUCGCGCUCCCCAAGCUACCCUGAGCACAUGUCUUUGAAGGGUGGCGGGGAUGAUGUGAUCUAUCCAGCGGGGACCUUGUUUCGACUCGUGCGCCUGGCACGCACCACUAGCUCAGACCUCGAGCCACAAGCAUGUCCCAAAGGCUCGCAGAUGCAGUGGUCAGUCACCGUGAUCGAGUUGGCAGCCACCGAUCCUCGACCUGAUGCUUUCUUGCUCCUGGACAAAUGGUCUGGUUUCAGUCAAGAGGAAGUGGAAGAGUUUCUCCUCGCAUGGGCUGAGGAGGUCUCAGGCCAUGUGCAGCAGAGACACCGGCUGGAGCAGGCCUCAGCAUUACUUCAUGGGAGCAAGCAGUUGCACUGGCUCAGGGCGGCAGCUACGCUGAGAUCCAGGUAUGCUCCGGAAGGAAGCUGA